AUGAAGAAAGCCCAACCUCUCAUGGGAGACACGAACUUUCAAGAACUCAUUCAGGUCCUACGUGAUUUUGGCGGCAUCGAUCUAGCAAAUAAACUGGAACAAGAACGGAAGAAUCAGUCCAAGGAAGAAGAUGGUGAACUUGCAAAGGACCUGAUUUCCAGGGGAACAAUUACAACUGAAGAAAUGUCUCCUGUCCUCGAGAGCGUGCCAAUUAAUGACGCCGGAAGUAGACCUACAUCGUAA